AUGUUCGUUGGUCUGAUUGUAUGCAGCAUUCAGUUCGCGCUGGGUGAGGUCGCGGCGUUAUUGCCCGUUACCGGUUCCUUUGUGCGACAUGCAGAGAUCUUGGUCGAUCCGGCGCUGUCCUUCGCGAUUGGCUGGAAUGUCGUCUAUGGGUGCUUUCUCAGCGUGCCUAGUGAGAUAUCUGCCAGUGUGGUCCUGAUUCAGUACUGGACGGAUAUCAAUGCGGCGGUUUGGGUCACCAUCCUCAUUGUGGUCUCCGCAGUGGUCGCAUUCUCAUUCAUUCGCGUCUACGGCGAAAUUGAAUUCGUGUUCGCCAUUCUCAAGAUUCUUUUGGUCGUCUUCGUGGUCAUUCUGGGUCUCGUUAUCGACCUGGGUGGUGUGCCAGGCGUGCCUCGGAGAGGGUUUCACUACUGGAAAGACCCUGGUCCCUUUGUCGAGUACAUCUCCACCGGGUCCUGGGGUCGCUUCCUAGGCUUCUGGGCAGUCAUGACCAAUGCGGUUUACUCUUUCGCAGGAGUGGAAUCGUUGGCCAUGGCGGCCGCAGAAACGCAAAAUCCACGCCACAACAUCCCCAAGGCCUGUAAGCGAGUGUUCGCGCGAGUGUCCAUCUUCUACCUCGCCGCAGUACUGGUCGUGGGUAUGGUGGUUUCCAGUGCCGAUGAGCGCCUCGGCUCCGACUCCGGCACGGCAGCUACGAGUCCAUUUGUCAUCGCUGCUGGUGACGCUGGCAUCAAGGCUAUUCCAUCUGUUGUGAAUGCAGUCUGCUUAACAUCGGCGUGGUCAGCAUCUAACCAGAGUAUGCUGGCAGGAACGAGAACUCUGUACGGUCUUGCCAUCAAGGGCCAUGCUCCUAAGAUUUUCCUGCGCACGACCGCGUGGGGUAUUCCGUACCUCUGUGUACUGGCGCAAGUGCUUUUCUCUCUGCUAGCUUACAUGUGCGUUUCCAACGACGCCAUGAAUGUCUUCUGGUGGUUUGUUGAUUUGACCGCCGCUGGUACUUUGGUCUCAUGGAUUGCGAUUGCAUGGAACCACAUUCGUUUACUGAAGGCCAUGGACAAACAAGGCAUCCCGGCUUCUCAGUUGCCGUGGCAUAAUAAAAUCACCAGAUUCACUUCAUGGUUUGCAUUGAUCUCUUGCAUUGUUAUCCUCUUGACUGGAGGCUUCUCGGUAUUUACAGCCGGAAAUUGGGACCCGGCUUCGUUCGUGUCUUCCUAUCUUGACAUCCCACUUGUUCUUGCCGCUUACGGAGGAUACAAGUUGAUCCGUCGAACCAAGAUCAUUCCACUCGAAUCUAUACCGAUUCAAGAGGCAUUGGAUGAAGCCAAUGAUGACCCAGACAACGUGCCAAUCAAGAGGGAUAGCAUAUGGGCAAAGAUGAAUAUCUUCUGGGGCUAA